AUGAGUUCAAAUCAAUUAAAACUAGAUCAAAUUUGGAACCGUCCUGAACUACCAUCAAAACCUGCUCUGUUUUCAAAUACAAAUGAAAUCAAGACAUCUAUUGGAAAUAAAGAUGUUAAAUUAUCAUUAUUUCCAAUGCCUACUGCUCGUUGGCGACCAAAUCAACGUCCAUUUGUUCUUCCACCGCAAACGAUAAAUCCAAAUGGUACUUCAUCUAUGAGAACAAUUCAAUUAAUUGAUCCUAUUAUCACACCAAUGCCAACAAUGAGUAGUCUAAAACAUAUUCAAACAACUCAAAAUUUAUUCAGCAUUGGAAAACGUAUGCCUGAAAUAGAAAUAGCUUUAAAACAACUUAUUGCUAAUAUGGAAAAAUGUCCACGACCAGAAGAAGAAUUACCACAACCAUUAUCUCUUCGUAAUGUUACAUUACACGGUUAUCAACGACAUGCACUUGCUUGGAUGGAAUGGCGUGAAAGUAAUCCACCAUUUGGUGGAAUUUUGGCUGAUGAUAUGGGACUUGGUAAAACUGUAACUACAAUUGCUUUUCUUCUACUUCGAAUGAAUUCAAUAAAACAAGAAUCUAUCGAACAAAUAUUUGAUUCUUCAAAAAAUCGAGCUAUUCCAACAACACUUGUUAUAUGUCCAGCUACACUUAUGAGUCAUUGGGAAAGUGAAAUAACUAAAUAUAGUCGUAUGAGAUGUUUUAUUUAUCAUGGUUCAUCACGUAAAAAAGAUAUUCCAGUUGGUGGUGCAGUUCGUGCUUUUGGACAAUAUUGUGUUGUACUUACAUCUUAUGAAUUAGUACGAGCUGAACAUACAUGUGAUGAAAUUAAAAAUCCAUUAUUUUCUGUAAAAUGGCAACGAAUUGUUCUUGAUGAAGCACAUCGAAUACGUUCACAUAAAUCACAAACAGCUCAAGCAUGUUCAUCACUUGAUACUAUUUAUCGUUGGGCAUUAACUGGAACACCAAUACAUAAUAAAGCUGAUGAUUUUUAUUCACUUCUUCAUUUUCUUCAUUAUUCACCAUUUGAUAUAUAUUCAACAUGGAAAUUAUUUUCAUCAAAUCAAUAUAAAUCUAUUGAACGUAUGAAAACAAUUGUACGUUCAUUAAUACUUCGACGAACAAAAACUGAUUAUGAUUUAAAUGGUAAAUUACUUGUACCAUUACCAUCUAAACAAAUAGAAAAUCUUUGGUUAACAUUAACUGAUGAAGAACUGAAACAUUAUCAACGUAUUAAAAUGGAAAUGACUGAUGCUUAUAAAUUAUUUAUUCAUAAUCGACGUGAAAAAAAGAAAACAAAUACAGUUGUUCUUUUUACAUUAAUGCUUAAAUUACGUCAAGCAUGUAAUCAUUUAUCAUUAGUAAAAAAUUUAUCAACAGAUGAAGUAUUUGAUGAUAAAGAUGAUGUUGCAUUAGAAUUAUCAAUGUUUAAAUUAGAUUUAAAUGAUACAUUAAAUGAUAAAAAUAUUCAAUCAUUGACAAAAGAUACUGAACUUCAAUAUGAUAUAACAUUUUUAAGUACAAAACUUAAUUGUCUUCUAAAAAAACUUAAUUUAAUUGUUAAUCAAGAAGGAGAAAAAUGUAUUGUUGUUUCGUCAUGGGUAGGCAUGCUCAAUAUUGUUCGACAUCAUUUAAAACAAUAUCAUAUACGAUCUCUAACAAUUAGUGGUGAAAUUAAAAUUGCUGAUCGGCAAGCGGUUGUACAAGCAUUUAAUAGUGAUGAAAAGAAAUAUAUGGUUCUUCUUUUAUCAUUGAAAGCUGGUGGUGAAGGUCUUAAUCUUGUUGGUGGUAAUCAUCUUUUCUUAUGUGAAUUAUCUUAUAAUCCACAAAAUGAACAACAAGCAUGUGAUAGAAUAUAUCGAAUUGGUCAACGAAGAGAUGUACAUAUUUAUCGAUUAAUGAUAAAAAAUACAAUUGAAGAACGAAUUAGUAAUUUACAAGAACAAAAAUUAAAAUUGGCUGGUGAUGUUUUAGCUGGUUGUGUAGAUAGAUUUAGUCUUAGAUUAGAAGAUAUUGCUUAUUUGUGCUCAUAA